AUGUUGACAAGUUUGAACCCAAAAUGGAGAAACUGGUGGAUCAGAGGAAUGUUUUCAUUAGUGAUGAUUGCAGGUUUUGCUGUUAUUGUCUACUUUGGUCCACUGGCUUUAAUCCUCUUGAUCCAGUGUAUUCAAAUCAAGUGUUACCAUGAAAUUAUUUCCAUCGGACACAAGAAGUAUCAAAAAUACAACCUGCCCUGGUUUAGGUCAUUAAGUUGGUAUUUCCUUGGUUGUGCAAACUUCUUCUUUUAUGGUGAGAGCAUUACUGAUUAUUUUAAUGGCAAUCCAAACCCUCAAGUUGACGAUGCAUCAGAGGAAGUGGUCAAAACGUACAUUACAUAUCACAGGCUGAUUUCAUAUUCACUAUAUUUAAUUGGUUUCAUUUUGUUUGUAUUAAAUUUAAAAAAGGAACACUACAAAGUGCAGUUCUCACUGUUUGGCUGGACCCAUGUGACAUUGUUGAUUGUUGUUACUCAGUCACACCUCAUCAUGCAGACCCUGUUUGAAGGACUUAUUUGGUUCUUCCUUCCAGUUAGCAUGGUGAUUUGUAAUGACAUCUUUGCUUAUAUUUUUGGAUUCUUUUUUGGUCGGACACCUCUUAUCAAGCUGUCUCCAAAGAAAACAUGGGAAGGUUUCAUUGGUGGAGGAGUGACUACAGUUAUCUAUGGAUGGAUGGUGAGUGUCCGAGUUGAAAAAUACUAAAUUUGUUUACUGCUCUUAGUAAGUAUAGAUUGAAGUAAGGAUGGGAGUUCUUUGUGUAAAUGAUUACAUGUAGGUUACCUGUGAAAUAAAUAUCCCAGGAUGCAAUGUUGAUUUCCUGUUUUUAGCUGUUAUUGAAUUAGCCUUGUGUUCACACAGAUAAUUUCAUGAGUUCUUAUGUCUCUCCUUUAUUUCUUGAAACAAAUUUGUUUGCCCCACGAGCUCCUCUAGGGAGAUUACACCUUAA